GAGAGCCAUGAUCGAGGUUGUAUGUAACGACCGGCUGGGGAAGAAGGUCCGUGUGAAGUGCAACACGGAUGACACAAUAGGAGACCUGAAGAAACUGAUUGCGGCUCAGACGGGCACCCGUUGGAACAAGAUUGUUCUGAAGAAAUGGUACACAAUCUUCAAGGACCAUGUUUCCCUGGGUGACUGUGAGAUCCAUGAUGGAAUGAACCUGGAGCUUUAUUAUCAGUAGGAGCAGUGGGCCUGCCAAUUCUGCAACCCACCCCCCAUUUUUAAAGUCUCGCUAAUAAAAAUAAUUUAAAUGCUAAAAAAAAAAAAAAAAAGGCAAGU